AUGGGGCCUAGUAGUAAGAGGCCAACGACAUCUCCGUCUUCAAAGUCAGAUGCGAAGCGUCGGAAGGUUACCAAUCGGUCUGUAUGGAAUACCGAAGAUGACUGGGAACAAAUCAUAGCGGAUAGUUCCUUGUCCACAGCCUCGGUAUCAUCUCGUCGAGCGCCUCAGAAAGGCUUACAGUCGCUUUCCGAUCAUGCUGCCAGAGUUGCAAGUCGCGCAUUCAAGUAUCUCUGGCAAGCCAGUGAUUCGAGAGAGAGGCAUGGAGAAUGGUGGAAAAGUGAAUGGAGUUAUGUGGAAGAUCGAAUGAAGGUGAAAGUGAGGGACGGAGUCUUCGCUCAAUGGUCAGAAUAUCUCACGCCGACAAUCUUGACAGAAGUGUUCAUGCCUUGCCCAGAAGUACAUCUUCCAGGAACGCUCGCAACGGUAUUGCAAGCUCAACUGUUGAAACCUUUUCGACCGAUAUCUCACUUGGACCUCUACACGUCUCUCACCUUGACACAUGCGGCGAAAGCGUCAGACGUCGCAAUAGCAGGUCUGAUCGCUGUCUUGCCAAACUUACAGAGCAUCACCUUGAAAGGGUGUAAAUUGGCUUCGAAACGCACAGUAGAUGCCAUCCUAAAGUUUACACCGAAUGUCCACAGAGUCAAUUUGAAAGGGACAAUGGUAGAGGUGGACGACGUGAAGAAAAUCCUUCAUCGGUUCGGUACCCAGCUCGUAAGCUUUAAAGUGGAUAGAAUCAGAUUUGACCCUAACAAGCUAAGAGAGAUCUUUACUAUGGACGUGUACCCCAGCCUGACGCAUAUCUGUCUACCUGGUGAUAUCCUCAAUGGAUCGGGAGACACAUCUGAAGCGAAGCGAUAUAUCUCCCUCAUGACUUCACUCAAAGCUCGAGAUGCACCGUCAGACGCACCUUUCUCAUGGUCUUCCUUCGGUGACACGUUUCCAGCUAUCACUCAUUUGUAUCUACCGGGACUGCUCGUACCGGAUAAGCAAGCGAUGAGAAUAGCACCAGGACGGUUGGUCAAAUUGUCUCUCGUCGCAGCGAUCAGUGGACCACCCGUACCUCUUGGAACAGUCAUCGAUCUCAUUCGAGAACAGACGGAAACGCUCGAAUCCAUCCAUCUUGGUCAAGUCCUGAGCACCGCUCGGGGUAAAGACGUCUAUGAAGAGUGGGAGUAUCUCGAAUCGCUCCUUGGAAGCUGUCACAGAUUGAAGUGCUUUAAAUGGAUGGCUGGAUCCGCAGAUCGUCGGGUGAUGGAUUUGAUGCUGAAUCAGAUGAGUGGCACAGCGUCUGGUCCAUGGGGAGUGGUGAAAGCCCUAAAAUGGACGUCUUUAAAGGAACUCAGUAUCGAUUGGCCUUACCACCUUGACAUCUUCGACAGUAUACCUCCCGGCUCGGUACUGGAGCAGCUGCACCUACCCUCCAGUACCGUGCCUACCGGUCCAAAAAACAUGUACUUGAUUCGAAAUCUGAGAAAUCUUGCUGUCCUCGACCUCUCAGGAUCCAGCGUAUCGGAUGAUGAAAUGUACGAGAUACUCGACGCUUGUCCAUUCUUACACAAAAUUGACCUGACCUCGUGUCGAGGCGUGAGAGUCAAAGACAGGCGAAACAUCUUCAAGGCCUGGCGAGAGGCAAGAACGACAUGA